GGGCGGGGGGGGGGGGGGGUUCUCUAUCUCCUCUGCACUCUCCCAUUCAACCUCUGUAGUCAGCAGAACGAGCAGCUGAGCAGAGCAAGACAGCAUCUCCACGGCGACAGCAUCCUGCAGAUGACUCUGCUCAAUGGAGGAGAGGGAGGCGGGGGGAAAGAACAAGAGCCGGAGAAAGAAUCGUAGAUCCACAAAGGAAGAGAGACCGAGGGAAUCACAGGAGGAAUAAAAGUGGCAAAUGAAAGGAACUGAGUAAACACACGCGCUGCCCGACCGAGGACCACUGCAGCUGUACUAAAUCUGGGGCUGUCAGGCCAACCCUCAGCAGAGCAGUGAGUGAGCGAGGCAAGGAGUCCGAGGAGAAAAAGAAAAAGGAUUUGAAGAGCUGAUCACAUCACUCUGGACAAGCAGGGAUGGGAACCCCAAGAGCUUCUCCGUCAGCAGUUCAAACUUCACACUGGAAAAGUGCCUGGGAUCACCAGUCUGAGCCUGCCUCUUCAGAAGAGUGAGAAAAAAAGAAAACAUCAACGGGCAAAGCAAGAGAGUUAGUUCCCGAAAGGUGAAACCUCAUACAGGAUCUUUGACUACUGCGCUGCCGAGUUCAGCUCAAGUCUCUGCUGUCCUCUUCCCAAGUCCUCCCUCACACCUGCCUGACGCUGGUGAAUGUGUUCUCUGCAUGCACGCCCACUGCUCGGCAGUUGAACACACUCAUGGUCGAUGCCAAGGGAAGGAACAUGAAAUGUCUGACUUUCUUCUUAAUGCUUCCCGAGUCAGUGAAAAGCAAGUCAAGUAAAAGCUCCAAGAAAGGCAAUGCCAGUGGCAGCUCCAAGCUGCCUCCCGUCUGUUAUGAGAUAAUCACUCUGAGGAGCAAGAAGAAAAAGAAGAUGGCAGCGGACAUUUUUCCCACCAAAAAGCCGGCAUCCACCACCACGGUGCAACAGUACCAGCAGCAGAACCUCAACAACAACAACACCAUACAGAACUGUAACUGGCAGGGACUCUACUCCACUAUUAGAGAAAGAAAUUCGGUAAUGUUCAACAAUGAGCUGAUGGCAGAUGUUCACUUUGUGGUGGGUCAGCCUGGAAAACCCCAGCGGCUGCCAGGACACAGGUAUGUUUUGGCUGUGGGCAGCUCAGUGUUCCAUGCCAUGUUUUAUGGUGAACUGGCAGAAAACAAUGAUGAAAUCCAUAUUCCAGAUGUGGAACCAGCAGCAUUUCUGGCAAUGUUGAAGUACAUUUACUGUGAUGAGAUUGACCUGAGUGCCGACACAGUGCUGGCCACUCUUUAUGCUGCCAAGAAGUACAUUGUCCCUCACCUGGCACGUGCCUGCGUCAACUUCCUGGAGACCAGCCUGAGUGCCAAGAAUGCCUGCGUGUUACUCUCCCAGAGCUGCCUGUUCGAGGAGCCGGAGCUGACACAGCGCUGCUGGGAGGUGAUUGAUGCUCAGGCAGAGCUGGCGUUACGCUCGGAGGGCUUCUGUGACAUCGACGCCCAGACCCUGGAGAGUAUCCUACAGCGAGAGACACUCAACGCUAAAGAGAUAGUGGUAUUUGAGGCAGCGCUCAGCUGGGCUGAAGCUGAGUGCCAGAGACAGGAGCUUAACUUUUCAACUGACAACAAGCGCAAGGUUUUGGGCAAGGCCAUGUACCUGAUACGUAUCCCUACAAUGGCUUUGGAUGAUUUUGCCAAUGGAGCAGCCCAGUCGGGCGUGUUGACGCUUAAUGAGACUAAUGACAUCUUCCUGUGGUACACAGCAGCCAAGAAACCUGAGUUGCAGUUUGUCAGCCAGCCCAGGAAGGGCCUAGCGCCCCAGCGCUGCCACAGAUUCCAGUCCUGUGCCUAUAGAAGCAACCAGUGGCGCUAUCGGGGCCGCUGUGACAGUAUACAGUUUGCGGUAGAUAAAAGAGUUUUCAUUGCUGGGUUUGGACUGUACGGAUCUAGCUGUGGCUCAGCAGAGUACAGUGCCAAAAUUGAGUUGAAACGUCAAGGAGUACUGCUGGGACAAUAUCUCAGCAAAUACUUCUCCGAUGGUUCCAGCAACACCUUUACGGUGUGGUUUGAGUAUCCAGUCCAGAUCGAGCCAGAUACAUUCUACACUGCCAGUGUGGUUCUGGAUGGAAACGAGCUGAGCUACUUUGGACAGGAAGGCAUGACGGAGGUGCAGUGUGGGAAAGUGACAUUUCAGUUCCAGUGCUCCUCUGACAGCACUAACGGCACAGGGGUGCAGGGGGGACAGAUUCCUGAGCUCAUCUUCUAUGCUUGACAACACCUGUGCACAUUAUUGACUGAUCUUGAAUGAAAAUUAUCACUUUGUGAAUAGUGCCACGUUCUGUUAUUUAUUUUUGUCACUGCUGUACAAAAAAAAAAUCUGAUUUCAGACCUGUGAAAUGGGCUCAUGUAGUUUUGAUUUUUGUAAAUAGACCACUUGAGUAGGACCACGUCUAUUGCAAGAUGUUGGAUGCCAAAAUACGUGGAUGAACAAAAGUUCUAAAAGAUUAGAAAUAUGUUGCACAAGAUGUGCAUGUACAUAUGAACAUAUGUAAAUUCUGAAAUGUAUAUGAUGCCACAAUUGUGGCCAAUGCUGGCCACUAAGAUAUCUUAUAUGAUGAAUAUGCUACAGUAUGUUUAUUAUGUCUAUGCUUGCAUAGAAUGCACAUAUAGAGCAGCAAUACUUCACAUUCUAUUAUCUACGAUGAGCAUUUCCUGUCACGACACACUCUGGACCAUCAGUAUUAUAAUAAAAGUCAAAAAGGUUGUAUAAUACUCAAAGCAACAUUUCAGGCCAUGAUUACGGGCAAAAACACUGUUUGUCCUAUUGUAGUGGGCAAUACCCAUAAGACAUUUGUAUUUGAUUGGUUUCAAUUGAAUCUACAGCUUUUUGAUACUUUGAAUCUAGUAACAGGGCACGUAGAGAGGGCUCGAGGGGUCUUAGAAUAGGGAGCACUAUAUAUAAUGAGACACGUAACCCCUAUGGUAUGUCUCUGUAGCAUGUUGCUCUGCACUACACACAUCUCUGUCACUCCAGUGAGGUAUCAUUUAAAUCAGUGUCAUUAUGUUUACAGUUAGAAUUAACUUAAAGUGGCCACCAUUCAUCACUACAAGGUGUAGCGGAAGAUUUCUUUUGGUUUACUGUUGGAGUCUGUCUGCACUGCAGUACUUACAGCAUGGGCAGAACAGUGCAGUUUCAUCUGACCUGUACCACUUAUUGUUACGGCGCCUUGGUUUUGUUUACAGAAAAAUGAUUAACGAUUGAUUUAAUGUGAGAAGCUGUAUAUCUUUCGGACAUUUACUACUCUUUGCUAAAAACCCUUAGCACUCUGAACUGCUGGGCACUCCCUACCAUUGGAUCAUACAGUCUCAGUAUUUGCAGAAGCAUACUAUUAAUGCUACAGAAUUGCACAGAUGCUGCUUUGUAAUUGAUUGGAUUUGAUUUUCCUAUUAUUUUUGACGAGACAGAAUUUGUUUUUUGAUUUAAUGUGCUACUAAAUAUUUUUUGGUGUGGGUUUAACAUCCACAGGAUUGUCUGCUGAUGACAAUAAAUGGACAAACUGGUGGUCAUGUCCUGUGUUUACGUGCUACAGUGCUGGGAGACCAACGAAUGUGUAUGAUUGUUGAUGAUGCAAAUAAACAAAACAAGUGGUA